CCCCCAAACUUUAUGGACCUCACAGAAACGCAAACCACCAGCUCAACCCUAGAAGCCCCCACCCCCGCAUGGCGGAACCGCCACUCGCACAAUAGGACCUUUUCUUCAUAGAAUUUGAAAUUGGAAUUUUCGAUUUUGGAAGAAGCUUGAAUCCAUGGCUGCUGCUGCACCAACGGCAACAAGAAGUGCAAAACAGAAAGAAAUCCAGGGGUUGUUAUUAGGGAGGUAUGAAAUCGGGAAACUUUUGGGCCACGGGACGUUUGCGAAGGUUUAUCAUGCCAGGAAUGUUAAAACGGGCGAAAACGUGGCGAUCAAGGUCAUAGACAAGGAGAAGAUCCUUAAGAUUGGCCUUAUAGCGCAUAUCAAACGUGAGAUCUCGAUAUUGCGAAGAGUGCGGCAUCCGAAUAUCGUACAAUUGUUUGAGGUUAUGGCAACUAAGUCGAAAAUAUUUUUCGUUAUGGAGUAUGUAAAAGGAGGUGAAUUGUUUAACAAGGUUGCAAAAGGCAGGCUGAAGGAAGAGGUUGCGAGGAAGUAUUUCCAGCAGUUGAUUUCCGCGGUGGCGUUUUGCCAUGCCCGGGGGGUGUAUCAUCGGGAUUUGAAGCCGGAGAAUAUUUUACUGGAUGAGGAUGGGAAUUUAAAGGUUUCUGAUUUCGGCCUCAGUGCUAUAUCUGAACAGAUAAAGCAGGAUGGCCUUUUCCACACUUUUUGUGGGACUCCGGCAUAUGUGGCGCCGGAGGUUUUGGCACGGAAAGGGUAUGAUGCAGCCAAAGUCGAUAUUUGGUCGUGUGGGGUGAUACUCUUUGUGUUGAUGGCAGGCCACUUGCCAUUUCAUGAUCAAAAUAUCAUGGCUAUGUACAAAAAGAUAUAUAAAGGUGAAUUUAGAUGUCCAAGAUGGUUUACACCGGAAUUGAUUCGAUUAUUAAGCCGUUUGCUUGAUACAAAUCCAGAAACCCGGAUCACAAUCCCGGAAAUUAUGAACAACAAAUGGUUCAAAAGGGGUUUUAAGCACGUGAAGUUUUAUAUUGAGGAUGAUAAAUUGUGCAGUGUUAACGAUGAUGAGAAUGAUGAUAUGGAGUCUUUAUCUGAUCAGUCAUUGUCUGAGUCGGAGUCUGAAUUGGAUACCCGAAAGAGGUUUGCUAGACUUCCGAGGCCUGCUAGUUUGAAUGCAUUUGAUAUUAUUUCUUUUUCGCGUGGUUUUGACUUGUCUGGAUUGUUUGAAGAGGGGUCAGAUGGGGCAAGGUUUGUUUCAGGGGCACCUGUUUCAAAUAUUAUAUCAAAAUUGGAGGAAAUAGCGAAGGUAGUGAGCUUUUCAGUUAGGAAAAAGGACUGCAGAGUGAGUUUGGAAGGUUCAAGGGAGGGUGUGAGAGGGCCAUUGACAAUUGCAGCUGAGAUAUUUGAAUUGACACCAUCACUGAGGGUUGUGGAGGUGAAGAAGAAAGGAGGGGAUAGAGUAGAGUAUGAGGAGUUCUGUAACCGGGAACUGAAGCCGGGGUUACAAAGCCUCGCGCCUGCAACUGCCGCUGAUUCUUCAUAUUUACCUUCAGACACAGAGUAGAUAUAGAGAGAAGGGGAAAAGGGUUUGCUCUUUUUUUCUCUCUUUUACAAUCUUGUGUGGCUGUUGUAUGUAACUGUUUCCGUUACAUUUUUUUCUUUGGCCGAUAUACAUUGGAUUUUGCUAAGUAGGUAAGCUCAAAUGUUGUCUGAUCUUGUGUUUUACUCUUCGGUUUUAGACGUUUAGGAGGUCAUGUAAAACCGUCUAAAUAAUGAAAUACACAGUUGUACUCUAAUGUUUUCUCCUUCCACUUCGAGUGACUUGUUUUUCUCUUCCUCAGUUAUUUCUGAUAACGAGGUAAAAGUGCCUUCUUCUUGA